AUGAAGACCCUGGUGCCUGCCGUCGUUGUCCACAUCCUUGCCACAGGCAUGCUGACGAUCCCGCUCCAGUUCUUCAUCCUGAGAGUCAUCUGCUCCGCAACCAGAGAUAGCAACGGCGAUGCUGACUGCAGCUCGCCGGAAGUUCAGUCUAUCGUCGCAAGGUGGACAACCAUGUUGUCGCUCUCUAUGGCAAUCCCGGGGCUGUUCGCCGUUCCAGUUGUUGGCGCACUUUCAGAUCGCAUUGGCCGCAAACCCGUCAUGAUGCUGCCGAUGGUUGGCACGCUCAUGGGAACAGUUACUCUGGUUAUCAUCGGGCACUACAACCUCAGCCUGUGGCCCUUGGUGCUGAUCCGACUGCUGGGCGGGUUCCUCGGGACCUAUGGCCUCUUGACCAUGACCGCCCACGCAUACAUCGCCGAUGUGUCGCCACCGGAGUCCAGGACUCGGAAGUUUGCAAUCCUGGAGGCCUUCACCAUUGUCGGGUUCAUGUUUGCGCCACUGCUAGGGGGAUAUCUUGGCCAGAUCAGCACCAUGGACGUCUUUUACCUGUCCGGCAUCAUGCAUAUCAUACUGCUGGUGUAUGUAGUGCUUGUUCUUCCCGAGUCCUUCAAGGAUCCGAGGCAGCGACUUGCGCACUCGGGCGGCUCGGUCUCGGAGACAUCUGUUCUUAUUCCCAGCGAGGUUCUCGUAGCAACCGCAACAUCCAAUGUCCGCCAUGCUUCGCAAUCCGGAUCGCUUCUGGAUAGCCUUCGCGAGUUUGUCCAGUCGCUGGCCAGCGUAGUGGAGGAGAUUGCGACGAACGGCAAGUCCUCCAUGCUCCUGAUCCUCGUGGCGAUCCUUUUCUUCUCCAUGUCGGUCUCUGGAACAACCACCGCUCUGCUGAUAUACACCAACUACCGGUUCGGGUGGAGUUCGCUCCAGAUAGCCGAGUUUCUCUUCUUCCGGUCUUCGCUGCGAGCCUUCAGCGUCAGCUUCGUGUUGCCUCUGGUCCUGCGAGGAAUCGAGCACAUUUGUCGUAUCCGAUCUGCCGAACUAUUGAUCGUCAAGAUUGCCCUCCUGAUCAGCUCGCUGGCGCAUGUCAUCCUCUUUGCAACCACCAAUGAAUGGGUGUUCUGCAGUGUCCUCAUCUUUGACAGCGUCUCGGUCCUAGCGCUGCCCAUCACAAAGUCACUACUCUCCCGCAACCUGUCAAGCCACAUUCAAGGACGACUGUUCUCUCUCGUGACCCUCAUCGAGCAAGCCUCAUACAUCUGCUCUAUCGUUCUCUUCGGCAUCGUCUAUACCGCCGCCGUGGGCACUUCUCCAAGCCUGAUUUUUCUCGUGGAUAGUCUGUUCCGCUUCGCGGCGGUUGUGAUGCUGCUCUUCUCAGCACCGCAGCGUCGGCAGUUUGGCGAAGCGCUGGACGAGGAGGAUCCAGAUGUUAUCGGAGAGGGGCGCCCUGCGGGCAUGCCGCUGCCGCUGGAACAUUUUAUUGCCGCCCAUAUUGAAACGGGAGACUGCGACAUGUGGAUGGCCUGGGCGACUUUUGUGGGUUGAGUACAGCGUGUUGAAAUAACAAUGGGA